ACCAACCACUUUUAAUGGCGACAUCCAGGCAUCGCAAAAUGAUGCAGUAGCACAUGCACACACACCGAAGUACAUACACGCAGCGAGAGAUCAAUAGAUCCAAGUUCAACUCGCUUCUCUAUCUAGAUCUUGAGUUCUCCACUUAAUCACGCACACAUUUCUCCUCUUCGUCACUACUCAUUUUAAGGCGGGGGAGAGAGUGUUGCGUUGUGUAGUUGAAUAGGGAGAAAUGGCGGCCGGUGGAUUCAUAAGCCGAGCGUUUGAAUCUAUGCUCAAAGAGUGUUCCGGCAAGAAGUAUCCUGAUCUUCAAAAAGCUGUUGAAGCUUAUUUUGAUGGCGUUAAAGAGGUGAAACAACCCAGUGAAACAGAUCAAGCAGCUUCGUCUGCUGAAGAUGGAAGUUCACUUGAGACCGAAGGCGCAGCUACAAAGACUUCUACAAAGGCUGCAGGGGAGGCAGAACAUGUUGGUAGGCCAGUAGGCAGUAGAAGCAUUGCAAAUACCUUAGCAAAUGCUGGUUUCACCUUGGAGGAAGCUGAUGUAGAGCUUGUUUUGAAUCCUCUUCGACUUGCAUUUGAGACUAAGAACUUGAAAGUCCUAGAAUCUGCUUUGGAUUGUCUUCAUAAACUCAUUGCAUAUGAUCAUUUAGAGGGAGACCCUGGCUUAGAGGGUGGUAAAAAUGCUCCUCUGUUUACAGACAUUCUGAACAUUGUUUGUGGUUGUAUUGAUAAUUCAUCAUCUGAUAGUACGGUACUGCAAGUGUUGAAGGUACUCCUUACAGCAGUGGCAUCCACAAAGUUCCGAGUGCAUGGGGAACCUCUGCUCGGAGUUAUCAGAGUAUGCUAUAAUAUUGCCCUUAACAGCAAGAGCCCCAUAAACCAAGCAACAUCAAAGGCAAUGUUGACACAGAUGGUCAGUAUUGUGGUCAGAAGGAUGGAGAAUGAUCAGGUCUCGACCUCAUCUGGAUCUUCUGGGCAUACAGAAUCUUCAUCAGAGGAUAAUUCAAGCCCCAAAACAGAACAGACUACCUUGAGCGACCAAAAUGAGAAUGGAAUGACUUUAGGAGAUGCUCUUAACCAGGCCAAAGACACAUCUCUUGCCUCUCUUGAGGAACUUCAUAAUCUUGCAGGUGGUGCUGAUAUCAAGGGUUUAGAGGCGGUUCUUGACAAAGCAGUGCAUACUGAAGAUGGUAAAAAGAUCACAAGAGGGAUUGACCUUGAUAGCAUGAGUAUUGGACAACGUGAUGCUUUACUGGUAUUCCGAACACUUUGCAAGAUGGGGAUGAAGGAAGACAGUGAUGACCUCACAACAAAGACACGGAUUCUUUCUCUUGAGCUUCUGCAGGGUUUGUUGGAAGGGGUUAGCCAUUCAUUUACAAAGAACUUUCAUUUCAUUGACUCUGUAAAAGCUUAUCUUUCCUAUGCUUUGUUGAGGGCUUCAGUUUCACAAUCCCCUGUCAUAUUUCAGUAUGCAACUGGAAUUUUCUCAGUGCUUCUAUCGCGAUUCAGGGAGAGUCUUAAAGGUGAGAUUGGCGUCUUCUUUCCCUUGAUAAUCCUACGAUCAUUGGAUGGCUCUGAAUUUCCUGUCAACCAAAAAACAAGUGUUCUUCGGAUGCUUGAAAAAGUUUGUAAAGAUCCUCAGAUGCUUGUUGAUGUGUAUGUUAACUAUGAUUGUGAUCUUGAGGCCCCAAACUUGUUUGAACGCAUGGUGACCACUUUAUCCAGAAUAGCUCAAGGGACUCAAAAUGCAGAUCCCAAUUCUGUUGCUGUAUCCCAGACAACUUCUAUUAAAGGUUCAUCACUUCAGUGUCUUGUGAAUGUGCUUAAAUCUCUGGUUGAUUGGGAGAAGUUGCGAAGAGAAUCUGAACAGAACAGUCUAAAAAGUCAGUCUCUGGCAGAAGAGGUUAGUGCUAAAGAAUCUGUUCAGAUAAAAAGCAGGGAAGAUAUGUCUGAUAACUUUGAGAAGGCAAAGGCUCAUAAAUCUACUAUGGAAGCUGCCAUCUCUGAGUUUAACAGGAAACCUGUAAAGGGUAUAGAGUAUUUGAUAUCAAAUAAAUUGGUGGAAAAUAAUCCUACUUCAGUGGCCCAGUUUCUAAGAAACACUACCAGUUUGGACAAGGCUAUGAUUGGUGAUUACUUGGGCCAACAUGAGGAGUUUCCCCUUGCUGUUAUGCAUGCUUAUGUAGAUUCAGUUAAGUUUUCAGGAAUGAAGUUUGAUGCUGCAAUUCGUGAAUUUCUUAAAGGAUUCCGACUUCCAGGAGAAGCUCAGAAGAUAGAUCGCAUUAUGGAAAAGUUUGCAGAACGAUAUUGUGCAGAUAACCCUGGUCUUUUCAAGAAUGCAGAUACUGCUUAUGUUCUCGCAUAUUCAGUUAUAAUGUUAAAUACUGAUGCACAUAACCCUAUGGUCUGGCCUAAAAUGACAAAGUCUGAUUUUGUACGUCUGAAUGCCGUGAAUGAUGCUGAAGAAUGUGCUCCUACAGAACUCCUGGAGGAGGUCUAUGAUUCGAUUGUUAAAGAAGAGAUAAAGAUGAAAGAUGACAUGAUUAAAAGCAACAGACAGAAGCCAGAAAGUGAAGAGAGAGGAGGCCUUGUCAGUAUUCUUAAUCUUGCUCUCCCAAAACGGAUGCCUUCAACUGAUACUAAGUCUGAAGGUGAAGCUAUCAUCAAGCAAACACAGGCUAUAUUCCGGAAUCAGGGAACUAAAAGAGGAGUUUUCUAUACUUCACAGCGGAUUGAACUUGUAAGACCCAUGGUGGAUGCUGUAGGAUGGCCUCUGCUUGCUGCUUUCUCUGUUACAAUGGAGGAAGUUGAGAAUAAACCUCGGGUUGUUCUUUGUAUGGAAGGUUUUAAAGCUGGGAUACAUAUUGCACAUGUUCUUGGAAUGGAUACCAUGCGCUAUGCUUUCUUAACAUCCCUGGUCAGAUUUACUUUCUUGCAUGCACCAAAGGAAAUGCGUAGUAAAAAUGUGGAAGCGUUGCGAACUUUGCUGGCUCUAUGUGACACAGAUCCUGACUCCCUUCAGGAUACAUGGAAUGCAGUGCUGGAAUGUGUUUCUCGGCUUGAAUACAUCACGUCAACUCCAGCUAUUGCUGCAACAGUUAUGCUUGGAUCAAAUCAGAUCUCCAGAGAUUCUGUUGUUCAAAGCCUAAAAGAGCUGGCUGGGAAACCUGCUGAACAAGUUUUUGUGAAUAGUGUUAAAUUGCCCAGUGAUUCUGUCGUGGAGUUCUUCAAUGCUCUGUGUGGUGUAUCAGCUGAAGAAUUGAAGCAAACUCCAGCUCGAGUCUUCAGCCUGCAAAAACUUGUUGAGAUCAGCUAUUACAAUAUAGCUCGUAUACGCAUGGUAUGGGCUAGAAUAUGGUCUGUCCUAGCAAACCAUUUUAUUGCUGCUGGAAGUCAUCCUGAGGAGAAAAUUGCUAUGUAUGCCAUUGAUUCUCUGAGACAGCUUGGAAUAAAGUAUUUGGAGCGUGCUGAACUCACAAAUUUCACUUUCCAAAAUGACAUUCUUAAACCAUUUGUUGUUCUUAUACGGAGUAGUCGAAGCGAAAAGAUAAGGAGCUUGAUCGUCGACUGUAUAGUUCAAAUGAUAAAAUCCAAAGUUGGAAGCAUAAAAUCUGGGUGGCAUAGUGUCUUUAUGGUUUUCACAGCUGCUGCAGAUGAUGAAUUGGAAUCAACUGUUGAAAGUGCAUUUGAAAAUGUUGAGCAGGUUAUAUUGGAGCACUUUGAUCAGGUGGUUGGAGAUUGUUUUAUGGACUGUGUCAACUGUCUUAUCAGGUUUGCCAAUAACAAAAGCUCUCAUCGAAUAAGUUUGAAGGCUAUUGCACUACUCCGUAUAUGUGAAGACCGUUUAGCAGAGGGGCUUAUACCUGGUGGAGAUUUGAAACCCAUUGAUGUUAGUGUGGAUGCAACUCUUGAUGUGACUGAGCAUUAUUGGUUCCCAAUGCUGGCUGGUUUAUCUGAUCUGACGACAGAUCCUAGACCAGAGGUCAGAAGCUGUGCACUUGAAGUUUUGUUUGAUUUGCUGAAUGAAAGAGGUAGCAAGUUCUCAUCAUCGUUCUGGGAGAGCAUUUUCCAUCGGGUAUUGUUUCCCAUUUUUGAUCAUGUGAGACAUGCUGGAAAGGAAAGCUUAAUUUCUUCUGAGGAUGAGUGGUUUCGUGAAACCAGCAUUCAUUCCCUUCAGUUACUUUGUAACCUUUUUAACACUUUUUACAAGGAGGUGUGUUUCAUGCUGCCGCCACUGCUAAGUUUGCUGUUGGAUUGUGCCAAAAAACCUGAUCAGUCGGUUGUUUCAAUUUCUCUUGGUGCACUAGUGCAUCUCAUUGAGGUUGGAGGACACCAAUUUAGUGAAAGUGACUGGGAUACAUUGUUAAAAAGCAUAAGAGAUGCAUCAUACACUACUCAGCCGCUUGAGCUGCUCAAUGCUUUGGGAUUUGAGAAUACAAAAAACUUUGCAGUGGUCAUUAGAGAUUCUGAGGUCAAUGUAGGUGAAGUAGAUACCCAGUCACUAGCUUCCCCAAGUAUUGGUGCUGAUGGCAUUGCAAGGACUCAUGCAUCAGUCCCACUGGAUCAUAAUCAAGAAUUGGGUCUACAUGUUGAUGGAUCAGAAGGUGUUCCAUCACCAUCAGGAAGACCUCACAAAUCUUUUGAAGGGGAGGCUCUACAACAUAGUCAGAGCAUAGGCCAAAAAAUCAUGGGAAAUAUGAUGGAUAACCGUUUUCUUAGGAGUUUUACCUCUAGAAAGAUUCCAGUACCAGAUGCUUCAAUACCAUCGUCUCCACCUAAGCUUCCUGAUGCUGUGGAGCCUGAUGCCAAAGAUGAGGAAGAAAGUCCACUUUGGGGAACAAUUAGGGGCAAGUGCAUCACUCAAUUAUUGCUUCUUGGUGCCAUAGAUAGUAUUCAGAAAAAGUACUGGAGCAAGUUGAAAGCAUCACAAAAGAUUGUGAUAAUGGACAUUUUGUUUUCUUUACUUGAAUUCGCUUCUUCAUAUAAUUCAUAUUCCAACCUCAGGGUGAGGAUGCGCCAAAUUCCUCCUGAAAGGCCUCCAUUGAAUCUUAUACGUCAGGAAUUAGCAGGGACUUCCAUAUAUCUAGAUAUCUUACAGAAAACAACUUCGGGUUAUGAUGCCAGUGGGGAGCAACAUAUUAAAUCUAAUGGUUCUCAAGAUUUAGAUACUGCUUCAGAUAACAAUGAAUCAAGCUUUAUUGAACAUUCUAAUGCAGAAGAGAAGCUGCAAAGGAUAGCAGAGGAGAAACUGGUGUCUUUCUGUGAGCAGAUACUCAAGGAAGCAUCUGAUCUUCAGUCCAAUCUAGGGGAGACUACAAACAUGUCUAUUCACCGUGUUUUGGAGUUACGCUCUCCAAUAAUUGUUAAGGUGCUUAAAGGCAUGUGCUAUAUGAACAAUCAGAUAUUCAGAAGGCAUCUGCGUGAUUUCUAUCCUUUGCUGACAAAACUUGUCUGCUGUGAGCAGAUGGAUAUUCGAGGAACACUCGGAGAUCUUUUCAAGAUGCAGUUGAAAGCUCUCUUACCUUAAUAUAAUUUUCACUUUGUCGAGUUGUUUGGAAGGAAUGAUUUUCAGUGUUGGUCCAGAGCUGAUCAGCUGGCCGAUUGUUUAGCCAAUAUGUUAGUAUACAUCCCAUUUGGUAGAAAGAGUAGCCGGGCAACUUCAUCAGAAAAUCCUUGUCCUCCUAAAGAGACACACUUUUCAUAGCAGUUACCAUGUUUUGGGGAGGAAUGGGAAAACAACUGUUUGAUAUUGGCCUGUUGUUUCUGUGUAGUCUCCAAUUUUUGGCUAGUGUUUUAAGUUAUAAAGAAAGCUGCUUCAGAAAUUAUCCAAAUUUGAACUAUUAAAGGUUUCUCAGAAUAGUUAUUUUGAUGCUGAAGUUUAUAGGCA